AUGGCUGAUGAUGAUAUAGUUAAGCAGGCAGCAAUGAGGAGAGAAAGGAACAAAUCCAAAAACCGGAUCGGCGAUGACUUGUUUACAGAUAGUCCAAGGACUCCCAUGUCAACUCCAAGACAGGAACAUACAGGACGAAGAUCACAUUUAGGGACAGAUAUUGCGGUAACUGAUAUUACCGACCAUGAACAAACAAAAGUUGACCGGGAUCUACUCAUCCCAAGGCGUAUGAAUACUCAUCGACGUAGUCAUGGUAACAUUGAGAAGACGAUAAAGCGACCUGUUGGAGACACGCCUUGUCUGCCCUUUAUAGAAUGCAAGUUAAAUGGUAAGAGUGUGAAGGCAUUAAUAAACACGUGUGUGAUGUCUUCAAUUAUAAACAGACACCUGUACCAACACAUUUUCGGCUCAGAUGAGAAUAUGGGAUUUAUGGGCGACAUGGCUAUCGGUGUUCCAAUUAUGGUAGAGACGAGGACGUUACAAUUUGAUUUCCACACUAGAGGUGAUAUUCCGGAUGUGGUAUUAGGACUAGAUUUCCUCAUGUCGUUUAAGUGUUCCCUGAAUCUCGGUGACAAGACCCUUUCCCUUGGAUCAGUCAGUGAUAGUGAUUACGUGUGUACAAAACUUAUUAGUGACCGAGAACUACCCCUGAGAUAUAGAACGGGGACGAAUCUUGCAGCUUCGGUAUAAUGUAUUGUGAUAUCGAUCUCCAAAUAUAUAAACUCAAAGAUUUGUUUAUUCUUUUAUAAACCAGUGUUCCCAAGGUAUUCUUUUUGGGAGCGUCCGCUUCCUGCCUCCAUUAUAGACAAUCGAAUAAGUUUUAGU